GUCCAUUUCCUGUGCCCGAAGGGCGGUUCUGGCAUCUGCAACCAACCAGUCCCCUCCCCGUUUCGUUCCACUUCUGCAGGUCGCUCCUGAUCUGCCCAUCGGCGUCUCCCACCGCCACCUCGUCGAACGGCGAAGGGCGGCAAUAUGCUGCAGUGUAUCUUCCUGCUCUCCGAUUCCGGGGAGGUGAUGGUGGAGAAGCAGAUGACGGCGCACCGCGUCGACCGCGCCAUCUGCGGCUGGUUCUGGGACUACGUCGUUGCCCACGCUGCCGGCGACCCGUCCAAAAUCUUGCAGGUUGUGGUGUCACCAACGCAUUACUUGUUUCAAAUUUAUCGCAAUGGUGUAACAUUCUUGGCAUGCACCCAAGUGGAGAUGCCCCCGUUGAUGGCUAUUGAGUUUCUCUCUCGCGUGGCUGAUGUCUUGACAGAUUAUCUUGGAGACCUAAAUGAAGACAUAAUCAAGGAUAACUUUGUAAUUGUAUAUCAGAUAUUAGAUGAAAUGAUGGACAAUGGCUUUCCACUCACUACUGAGCCAAACAUAUUGAAAGAGAUGAUUGCCCCACCUAAUAUUGUCAACAAAAUGUUGAAUGUUGUCACUGGUAAGAGUUCUACUCUUGGCAGCAAAGUUCCAGAUGCAACUGCUUCUUUUGUACCUUGGAGAACAACAGUAGUCAAGGAUGCAAGCAAUGAAGUCUAUGUUAACAUAGUUGAGGAACUUGAUGCAUGUAUAAACAGAGAGGGGGUUCUAGUGAAAUGUGAAGCAUAUGGUGAAAUCCAAGUGAAUUGCAGUCUUCCAGGUGUACCAGAAUUGACCAUGUCAUUUGCUAACUCUGCAAUAAUCAAUGAUUUUACGUUCCACCCCUGUGUCCGGUUCAGGCUUUGGGAGUCAAAUCAGGUCCUGUCGUUUGUUCCUCCAGAUGGGCAGUUCAAGCUCAUGAGUUAUAGGGUUAAGAAAUUGAAGAAGACACCAAUUUAUGUGAAACCACAAUUAACAUUGGAUUCUGGGAAUUGCCGUGUUAAUGUGAUGGUGGGGAUUCGAAAUGAUCCUGGGAAACCCAUUGAUUCUAUAACGGUGCAGUUUCAGUUGCCCCCUCUUAUUGUUUCUGCUGAUUUGACUGCAAACUAUGGUACAGUUGACAUCCUUGUUGACAAGACCUGCCUUUGGACAAUUGGGCAGAUACCAAAAGAUAAAGCACCAUGCCUCACUGGAAAUUUACGCCUGGAGGAAGGACUUGCUCAUUUGCAUACGCUGCCAACACUUCAGGUGAAAUUCAAGAUUAUGGGGGUUGCACUAUCUGGUCUUCAAAUUGAUAAGUUGGAAGUGAAAAACACACCAAGUGCUCCAUACAAAGGUUUUAGAGCCCAGACUCAAGCUGGAAAGUAUGAGGUCAGAUCGUAGGUACUUGCAGAGGGCAGCUGUUAGUUUUUGCUCUUAAAAUGCAAACGAUGUCACAGACCUGGUGCAUGGGCUGUCGACACAUUAUGAUCAUUAUUUGUUGAUCCAUGGCCAGCUUGAUUUGAACCAUUUUACCAUCUGGGCCCAUUGCUGCAGUCGAAGGGACCUUUCAUGCCUCAGAUCAAUAGAUGUUAUGUACUAGAGUCAAAUUCCCUGGCUGGUGGGAAAGUAACAGAAUCUUGUCACUCUGGUUUGUCUAGACAAAGAUUGCUGCAAAUGAAUGCCUACUGGUGGUGAUCAAAGAUUUGAAUUUUGG